AAUCUUUUUUCUAGACAUAUUAAAAUAUCAAGUACUUGAAGAAUAAGAUGAUGAUGUUACAUAAAUCACUAGCCAUCUUUGGCUAUGCAUGCCUCUUCAUGGCCAUAACUUCCACAGCUCAAUCGCCUCCAGUGCUUGACACCAAUGGUCAACCUCUGCGACGCGGUGUAGAGUACUACAUCUCGCCUGCAAUUACUGAUGUCGGGGGCAAUCUCACCCUAAAAAGUCGUAGUAACGCUCCAUGCCCGCUCUUCGUCGGCCAGGAACCCGUUACUUCGACAAAUAUCGGUCUCCCGGUCACCUUCAGGCCCACUGAGGCAGGUAAAGAUAUAAUUGACGAAGGUACCAGUUUGAACAUUGUGUUUGAAGCGUUGUCAACAUGUGCAACAUCGACACAAUGGAGAGUGGAUGCAACUGAGUCUGACACCGGAAGAAGGUUCGUGGGGAUCGGGGAUGAGGACGGUCCUGCCGGGAUCUUUGGGAUCAGUAGGGACAAUGGAGCUUACAAUAUAGUAUGGUGUCCUGCGAUGAUGGGGAGGCCAAGGUGUGGAAGGGCUGGGAUUUUGGUUGAGAAUGGAGUGAGGCUGGUGGCUUUGGAUGGUGAUGCUUUUCCUUUUGAGUUUAUCAAAGCUUGAGAUCUAAAAGGGAAGAAUUAAUAUAGUUUAAUUAAUCUUCUUGCAAGGGAAAAAAAUGUGUCUAAUUGGUUGAAUUAUUGAACUAGUAGUAUAAUAAUAAGUUGAAAUAAAAGCUCUUAUAAGAAUAUAUAUACUUAUGUUAUUCCUUGUUUCGCAUCAUUGAAUAUAUGUGUGUUUUAAACAGUUGUGAAUCUAAUGACUUAUGCCCUUCUAUAA